AUGUUCGCCACGUUGCGAAAACGCCACGUGCGGCAGACUGGAUCAACCGGACCAGCCGGAAGUGCUUCAGGAUCUCAUGGAUCCCAUGGAGCUCCGCUCCCUGCUCUGAGCAUUUGUCGUUUGGAAGCGCCCGAAGAGUUGCUAAAGAAACUGCGGCGCCAUGCAGACGAUCCAGCACUGGCAGAAUUCACUUGUCCGAUUUGUUGGGAACCCUUCUGGCAACCUGUUCGCACGGUAUGUGGCCACGCCUUCUGUGAGGGCUGCUUGCUGAAAUCUGUUCUUGCACAACUUGGUCAUGACCAGCCAGAUGUGUCUUGCCCACUCUGUCGUCAUCCACUUCAUGUGGAUGAUGUCUCAGCAGACGAGGCGCUCUUAACUCGCAUCAGACUAGUGAUUGCCCAAAAGAACCGUGAGAUCGAAACACCGGGAACUGGACGGGCUUGUUCUGGCCGCCUCUUUCGUGGAUCUACACGGUCACCCAAUCUGGAGACAGGGAUGCGAACCUUGCACUGCACAGGCCACCCAUGCACUCCAGCACCAGUUGAGUUGAUGAGGGCUCAAACAUCCGGAGCAACAAAGAGACCCAUUCUCGCAAGUUGGAUGCGAGUAGCCCCUGCAAAUGAGUUACGUCCAGCAACUUCAGGCUGCGGGCGAUUUCAGGGAAUGAAUGAGUUGCCUGAACCAUCACUCUUUGUGCAGAGCUCCUUUGUAGCUCGUCCGUCCACCACAGGAGCAUGGACUCAGCCCAGGCACAGACGCGACGAUAGCAACAUUGGCACGCUUGGCAGCGUUGGCACCCACAACGGGGAGAACGGGGAGAACGGGGAGAACGGGGAGAGCAGAGCUCUGGCUCCGGGCGCGCUGAGGCGCCCGAGCACAGACGAUAUCCCAGCGAAAAUCUCGAAGCAAGAAGCCCAGCCGCAGCCGCUGCAGGCUCACAGGACACAGCCUGUCAGGCUUACAAGCAAGGAGAGCAAGGAGAGCAAGGAGAGUAAGGAGAGCCGAGAGAGUCGAGAGAGCUCCAGGACUGCAGCUUGGGAUCCAGAGUGGGGUGAGGAGUUUGACUGGGAGGUUCAAGAGAUAGGCCGUGCAUCUGCACCAUCAUGUCCAGAUGCAUCCAGUCUGCCCACUCCAGCUGCAGUGAGCUCACAAGCUCAUAUGAAGCCAAGACUUGGAUACGGAGCUGUGAAGCACCAGAGAGCAGCGGAGAAGCAUCUGGGUACCUCCUUGCCACCUCCAAGACUUGCACGUUCGGAGAUGGGCAUGGAUGGCAUCGUUCCAGCUCCAAGAACUGCCAGAAGGGAGCACAGACGGCAGAAGCAAGACCUGAAGACGCCGCUUCCAAAGCGAAGAGAAGUGUCGAAGAGCUGGAGUGAAGCCACCUGCAAAGACAUGUUCAGGCUGUUCCAAAGGAACGGACGGCAUUUGCAAAUAUUUGCAAAAGAUGCGCGAGCUGCAGUCCAAAAAGGUUGGAGAGUGCACACACGCAGAGCAGUGAGACCAGGUCAUCGACUGCAGCACCAACGGGACCUUUCUGAAUGGCUUCAGAUUGCCGCCCAAGACAACAGGGAAGGCGGCUAG